CUGAUGAUGAAAUAACUGUCAUUCCGCCAUUAUCAAAAGUCGAAAUUGCACGAAACUGACGGAUUGCGAGGAAAGAACACUGAACACUGACUGGACAUCGCUUGUGCUGCUCGUUGUUCCUCGAAAUUUGCCUCAUCUCGGCGGAAACUUGGCUAGCGAGUGUUGUUACCAAUAGGACGAACUCCGAGCGGGUGAGAAAGAAACGCAGUGCAAUCAACAGACCACAGGAAAAAUGUCCCUAAACGAAGGCGAGGUGAAGCUUUCGCACCGCACCAGGAAACGCGUCCGGGAAGUCAAACGAAAGGCCCGUCCAGAACUGGCCGACAAGAGCGCCUGGGUGCAGCUGGAGUACCACAGGAAGUUCGACAAGUUCCGGGAGUUCGAGGACAAUGUGGAGCGGAUCCACGUAAAGGACGUUUCGCCGCGGGAGUUCAUCGAGCGGUUCGAGUCGAUCUACAAGCCGGUGGUGAUUGAGGGCAUUACCGAGGGCUGGAAGGCGGAGUACAAGUGGACGCUGGAGCGGCUGGCCAAGAAGUACCGGAAUCAGAAGUUCAAGUGCGGCGAGGACAAUGACGGGUAUAGCGUCAAGAUGAAGAUGAAGUACUACAUUGAGUACAUGAGGAACACGACGGAUGAUAGCCCGCUGUAUAUCUUCGAUAGCAGCUUCGGAGAGCACCAUCGCCGGAAAAAGCUCCUGGAGGAUUACGACAUACCGUUGUACUUCCGAGACGAUCUGUUCAAACAUGCCGGAGAGGAACGUCGACCGCCCUAUCGGUGGUUCGUGAUGGGUCCGGCUCGUUCCGGAACCGGUAUUCACAUCGAUCCACUGGGGACCAGUGCGUGGAAUGCGCUGGUUAGCGGCCACAAACGGUGGUGCCUAUUUCCGACGCAUACCCCGAAGGAACUUCUGAAGGUUACCGGAGCGAUCGGAGGCAAACAGCGGGACGAGGCCAUCACGUGGUUCAAUCUGAUCUAUCCGAAGACGAAGCAGCUGGACUGGCCAAGCGAUUGUAAACCGUUGGAGAUCCUCCAGAAACCGGGCGAAACGGUAUUCGUUCCCGGAGGAUGGUGGCACGUCGUGCUGAAUAUGGACGACACGAUAGCCGUGACCCAGAACUUCUGCAGCAAAACCAACUUCCCUGUGGUGUGGCACAAAACCGUCCGGGGGAGACCGAAACUGUCCAAGAAGUGGCUGAAAGUUCUACAGGAAGUGGAACCGGAGCUGGCCAAAGUGGCGGCCGAGAUCGAUGUCGGCCAGAGUACCGGUGUGGCGUCGGAUAGCUCGAGCAACUCCAGCUCCUCGUCUUCCAGCUCGAGCAGCGACGAAAGCGACAGCAGCAAUACCGACAGUGGCCAGGAAUCGCUGUCUGCCCACAAGACCAAGAAGCGCCGGAAAACCGGUGGCGGAAUGAUGGCCUGAUUAAUACUGUGAAGUUGGGUCAGCCGGAGGAAGAUCGAAUCAAAGUUCUUUCAUUUUGAUAUAAUAUGUUUUAUUUUCCAAACAGGACGUGAAGUUGAAUUGCGACUUUCUUUUUAAAUGAAAUGCCUUGUUUCUCUGACUGCGGGGGAAAAACACGACCCUGAGUAUUACCCUGAAACUGAAGCAAAAGAAAUUUGUUAGGUUUACAAACUAAUUUAUAUUGAAAAUAAAUAAAAAACUAGAACAAUGUGAAUUGAUAACAAGCAAAAUGAUAACCUAGUAGAUUAGUAAAACAAAAAAGAAAUGUAACUUAAACAAAGCAAACGGAAGCAAAGCAAAGUGCGUAGCCAAAUUAGGAUAUGAAAUAGGCACCAACAAAUUGGUAUCUCCAAGAUUUAAAACUCAUUGAUCUUUGACAAAUACAUACAUAUGUAACAAGUAAGAAAAAACUCCAUUCGCCAGGAUCAUCUCCAUCUGAAUUACUUUUUCGAAACGGUAUCAAAAGAUUGAUCUAAAAUGGAAUGAAGAACCAGCGAGAGUUCAAUCAUUAAAACACCUUUACAGACAUUAUUUGAAACAGAAUCGGUAUUUGUGCCUUGAGUGUUUAUGCAAAGUAGCAGAUGAAAUUCACACAAUCGCAUCAAUCAAGAUUGUUACGAGCAUACGGUGUGCAAAUCGGUUAGGAAUUAUUAAAUAUAAACUGGUGUUGAGCGGAAAUUUGGCAAUUUUCGGAACAACUUAAAGCGUC